ACGGACGAAGUUAGGCGGUUACUUGGCAAGAAAUGGGGUGUGGUGCCCCAUCAUUUUUUCUGAAAUGGAACAGUUGUGCGCUGGAAAAUUCCAGCGCGUGAAAACUGAGUGCUGAAAUUUUUCAGCGCUUGCUUUUAAGCGCUGGAAUAUUAUAGCGCACAUCUUCUUUAAAUUCGAAUUCUGCUGCUGCUCGUUCGAAUUUUUCUAGCUUCUCUCUCAACAUUCUUCAUCAAUUCUACUCGGAUUUGCUUGAUUUCUUCACCAAAAUUGUUCCCAAGAUAAUCUAAAUCACCUUAGUUUGGGCUUAAUUUUGAGUAGAAAUUUUUAUGAAUUUUCAUGCCCAAAUUGAAUUGAGGUUUUUGAAUUUUGCCCCAAUUUCUUGCAAUUGUUUGCUUGUAUGUGAUUUUUAUAACAUGUAUGAGUGCCUAAGCAUGUUAAUUUUUGCAAGUAUGUUGAUUUUGGACAAUUUUGAACUUGUUCAAAAUUAGCCCCCAAAUGUGCCUACGAUUUGGUAUUGGGGGAACAAUGUAGGUGUUCUUAGUGUAUCGCUUGCGAUUUACAUAGUCUAUGGAUGAUUUUGAUGUUUGGAGUAGUUUGUGGUCAAUUUCGCAUGUAUGAACUUUAUUUCUAAUUGUGAACUUAGAAACAUGCUCACACUUAGGGAACGAAAUUGUUUUUUGCUACUAGCUUGUCGUGUUCGGAAUUUCACAAUGUAAUUGCUUGUAUGUUUUUCGUAAUUUUUGCAAUAUGUAGUAUGUCAGGUGAUACCUCUUCGUCCUCUACUGAGGGGGAGGCUUCAGAUUGCAUGAUGCAGCCACGAGUGGUCUCUUCUCGUCCGAUGAGAUGGGAGUCUACUUAUCGGGCUGUUCGGGCAUCUCAGAGGGCAAGGAAUGACUCUUCGUCUCCUCCAUUGGAGUCUAGAGGGGGCCUUCACCCCGAGGAUGAGCCACCUUGGUUGGGCCCAAUUGAGUAUUACGGGAUCGACCUUCACCAUGACUUGGGGCAUCACGUGGUGUCCCGGUUUCGUGCCGGUAGGGCUGAGCUGGAUACGUCUUGUCGACCUUAUGGGUGGGUCUGUCUUUGUGGAGCAUUUGGAGAAGCUGGACGGAUAAACUCGCGGGUUGGUGGAGGGAUGCCCCUUCUCUCCGAACGUGUGCUUUUUCGGGAGGUGGUGGGCUCUAACGCGUCUAGGCGGUUCUUGCGCUUGUUUCUGGAAUGGUGGUGGGAUACCACCAAAACUUUUCACUUUCCUUGGGGGGAGAUCACUAUUACCCCUGAGGACUACACUGCCCUUACGGGUCUGUCCUUCACGGGCACCUCGAUUCACAACAUCAGAGAUGCAUAUAUACCGUCGCAGAAAACGGUUAGAGAGUGUAUCGGGGAGGAGUUGGCCGUGGAGGUGGCCAAGUAUGGAGGGAAGGGGAUGCCUUACUCCUUGAUGGUGGAUGUUUUGGCGAAGGUCCGCCCUUCGGGUGCCUCUGCUAGGGCUAUGCUCGUAUCUUUACCUACUAUUCUUGAGUUCGACAAUUUUGUCGAACCGUUCCGAGCAGGUGGAUCCUUGGCUGAUUCCAUUGGUGGGGGAGCUAUUCGAGAUGGGUUCGUUUUUCUGGGGCGAGGCAGCCAAUGCGAACCUGAUUAGCCAUAUGAGUGAGGCUGUACGAGUUCUGGACGGUCCGGAUAGGCCCAUGUCCAUAUCCUUGUGUGUCGUUCCGCGACUUAUUGGGGUGUGUGCCUUAUCGUUUAGGAAUGCUAAACGGGCAGAGUACUUAAACUAACUUGUUCUCAUUGUUUAAUGUUUUCUGUACCUAUGGGCUUUUGAGAGGUUGCCCUGUUUUCCCCUCGGUUCGGCAGAAUGGACAGGGGUACCCUGUGGCUAACUGUUGGGGCACUGCUGGGAAGCUGAAGAGAAGUCCUCCUAUGAAGAGGUUCAGGGAUAUGAUCGCGGCUGGGCAACCUAACUUAGUGAACUGGUCCUGCUGGGCCGGGUUAGAGAAGACAGAGGUGUUGGUGUAGGCUAGGUGUCAGUCUCGGUGCAAGAUUCUGUAUCAGGGUCCUAGGGGCCCUGCAUGGU